AGUCAUGUUUGGAAGAGAGGCCUCGGUAUUCUAAUUGGCAGCCUUUUGUUAUCUCCGUGACUCGUGCUGCAUAAUACAACCAAUUAGAGCUAAAAGUCUGCUCCAAAAAUCCUCCUAACACGGACCAGCUGUAGGCACACAUUUUAUUUAAAGGCAGGCACAUCGUUUCGCUACGUCUAGCUCCCAGAAAAGAUGUUUAUGUCAAGUGAUAUGAGAUGGGAGGAUAUGGGGAACGUCUAACUGCAAAGUACUUGGCUAUAGAGAAUGAGACAAGAGGCUUAAACCUCAAUAUAGGGUUUUCUGGAAAUAAGCGGGAAUGGAUAACCGUGCCGGCGGAAAAACAAGAUCUUUUAAUGGCUUAACGUACUUCCAAUCACCAUGCGAGCUGGGAGAGACAUACAGCUCUAUGGCAGUAUCUAAUAACCACCUUACAGUGGACGAGUCAAGGCUUCAUCGGAACGUCUCGGGGUCCCUCGGACUCCCGGAUAGCGAUUCGUCGCAGUUUUUAAAUAUGGGAGGCUCGCGACUCGAGGUACGAGCAUUGUCCGGGUCAAUCAGUCAGAAUGGAUAUGGUUUUGGAGAAGAGGAAGAGGACUAUCAACAGAGAAAAGCAAAAUUUAAACACGCGAAUAAAAGAGAAAGAUGGAACAACAGAACGGAGUUUUUAUUAACGCUUGUUGGGUACACUAUUGGACUGGGUAAUGUCUGGAGGUUUCCACAUCUUUGCCACAAAAAUGGAGGAGCCUCGUUUCUUAUUCCUUACGGAAUCAUGCUUGCGGUGGAAGGAAUCCCGCUAUAUUACAUGGAACUCUGCAUCGGUCAACGAAUGCGUAAAGGCUCUAUAGGAGUAUGGAACGAAAUCUCCCCGUACCUGGGAGGGGUCGGGAUAGCGUCUGUCGUCGUUUGCUUCUUAGUGUGUUUAUACUACAAUGUGGUCAUUAGUUGGUGUGUUUUCUAUUUUGUACAAUCGUUUCAAUCGCCGUUACCUUGGGCUGCGUGUCCCACGCACAAAGUGACAAUAGGGAACAUCACGCGAAUGGAACCUGUUCCCGCGUGCGACGUGUCUAAGCCCACGGAGUAUUUCUGGUACCGCACCACGUUAGGAAUUUCUAGCGGUAUUGAGGAUGGAGGUGGGAUGAACUGGAAACUAUGGGGCUGUCUGGUCGCUACAUGGAUCCUCGUCUGGUUGUGUAUGUGUAAGGGAAUCAAAGUAACAGGGAAGAUCGUUUACAUUACUGCGACGCUGCCUCUCAUUCUACUCAUCAUCUUCUUCUUCCGUGGAGUCCACCUGGAUGGUUAUCAGGACGGACUUAGACUACUUUUUGUACCAGAGUUUAAUCGGUUGAAGGAUCCGCUCGUGUGGUUGGACGCCGCUGUACAAAUCUUCUACUCUUUGGGCGUGGCUUACGGCUCACUUAUCGCAUUUUCCAGCUACAACCCCAUGAAGAAUGACUCCACGCGUGACGCUAUCACGGUUUGCUUCGUAAACUGCGCCACUUCCAUCUACGCCUCCAUCGUGGUCUUCUGUUUCAUAGGCUUCCAGGCCCAAGACCGGAUGAAUACCUGCUUGGAAGAGAAGCGAAAUGACAUCGAGAGGAUGUUGAACGUGACUGGGCUAAUAUCCCAGGGGAUGCCCGACUGGGACAAGGUCAACCAGGGGGAGAUCAGUGAUGUCAUCAAGAACGCCUCCGUCAUCGCUAACGAGACUCUAAGAGUCUGUAAUAAGACACAGUUCCUUGAGAUCUCCCAAGGCCAGGGCUUGGCGUUCAUCGUGUUCACGGACGCCAUUAACAAGAUGCCCCUGGCCCCGGUGUGGGCGGUCAUGUUCUUCCUCAUGCUUAUCACAGUUGGUAUCGAUACGGAGUUCGGUAUGCUGGAGGGCGUGGUCACUCCCAUCCGGGACAUGAAGCUCCUUCCAAACUGGAAGAAAGAAUACGUCUCAGGUCUUAUAUCGUUGGUGAUAUGCGUGCUUGGGUUCCCUUUGGUACAGCACUCUGGGGAGUACUGGGUACAACUGGUGGAUGGCUACUGUUCGGGCAUUCCGUUACUGAUUAUCGCGUUGGUGGAAUGUAUCGCCAUUUCUUACAUAUAUGGAAUAGACAGAUUUAGUGACGAUAUCCAGUACAUGACGAACAAGCCACCGCGGUUUAUCUGGAAAUGGUGCUGGAAGGUGAUCUCUCCACUAGCCAUUCUAGCAGUGCUUGGUAUGAGUAUCAAAGGAAUGAGCGAAGGGAGACCGUCGUAUUCCGUAUGGAACGACAAACUGAAAAAAACAGUGUCCAAACCCCUCCCCCCGUGGGGCGUCUUUCUGGGCAUCAUGCUGACGCUUUGCUCGAUCUUCUUCAUUCCCGCCGUUGCGUUCCUCCGCUACUUUGGCUUCAUCGGGAUGGGAACGCCCACCCUACCAGAUGUCGUGCUAUCGGAGACACACAACUCCGAGACCCAGCCUCUUUACCAAGCAGACAACGGAAAGAAGAAAAAGAAGAAAAAAGGCGCCAAAACGCCGGCGAAAACACUCACAAGAAAGAAGGGCAAGGCGCUGAAUGGAGGUCCGACGCUAAUGGUCACGACAAACGGGACUUUACCGACCUCUGGACCCGGUAAUGGUGAUAUCAGACACUUACUGAAUCACAAUAAUGGAACCAUAGGAUAUAUCUAAGAUUUUUUACUGCUCUGCUGUUUGUAUAAUUUCACUUGAUUCGAUACGCUUUCUGCGAAAGUCACCACUACAGCUGGUAAUCAUAUGGUCGGUCAGAGAGCACCAUCGUGAUACCAUUGACAGGAAGUCGUUAAACUCCGUAGAUCCGACUCUCAUGACAACGUUUGUUUGUUUUUGUAUUUAACAUUCAAACUCAUCAUUUUUCAAUGAUGUACUAUGAUGUACUAUGUGUUUUGUUUGUUGUACUAUGUGUUUGUUUUGUUUGAUGUACUACUUCUUUGUUUUGUUUGAUGUUCUAUGAAGUUCACAAAUUCUUAAAGGCCUGUAUGGUUAGCAUAUGACUGCCAAUUUUUUUAUUUUGUUUUAUUUGAUAUUUUAUAAAGGAACUGAGCCGUUAGAAAUAUUCAAGCGGAUUUAAUUAAAUCCAUUUUGAUUUUGAUAAGGUUUCGUAUGCUACAAAAGUCUCUACGGGCUUUAAGCCCCGUGUAAACACUGGCCCUAACACCAGCCAGAAUCGCGCCACUUGUGUUCAAGUGUAAUACGCUAGACCUUUUCAGGAUAAAGAAAGCCACUAAUGUGUAGUUCCAGAAAAUAUCCAUACCCCCCAUUGAGGGAAUUGUAAAUUCCGGGGGUGGGGGGUGGGGUGUUCAAACGCCCAGGAAUUUUCAGAGGGGAGGGGGGUAAAAUGCACUUUUUCCUUUUAAGAGUUACUGUAUUCAUUUUUUUCCAGGAGGUUGGAAAUUCCAGGGGGGUGGGGGGUCAUACCUCCGACCCCCUCAAUAGGGUGUGUGGAUAUUUUCUGAAACUACACAAUCCAUUUCGAGUAGCAUUGUUUGUUUAACUAAUGCAUCGCGUGGUAUAACGUAGUUACGUAAAUGCCCGUAUAAGGCUAUGGCCGAGUGAUUUUACAAGUGAUCUUGAUUGCUUAAUGUAAAAAUCAUCUUUUCUUGGACAUCUCAAAACACAUUUCUGAUAAAUUCGCUGUCAUUGAAGGCAUCAGCUAAUUAAACGCAUCUGUAUUGUGUUUAUUUAAGAAAGCUUGAGUUCGGAAAGUGUUUAGCAUUUUCCAAAGUUAGUAUAUCUUAGAAAAACGUGGUGUUAAACAAUAUGUAUAUACUCAGAAUUUACAAGGGACGCGCACGCUUCCCAUGAUGCAUUACUUUUAUGGCCGCAAUAUAAUCUUUCAUGCAAAAAAAAAAUCAAAUUCUAACUACUAUUUAUUCUUGUACAUAUACUGUUUUUUACGGUAACACAAAAUUCGACUACGCAGUCGGUAAUUAAAAAAUAUCAAAAAUUAUUCAAUAAAAGAAAGAAGUAGGUUAAGGUAAAGCGUCCAACAACAAUCUCGGGCAACUCUUAUGCACAAGAUACCAUAUUAGGUAACGCGCGCGAUUAUGCGUAAACCAGUCUUAGGAGGCGGGAAAACUAUUGGCGGGAAAACCUUCAGUCUGACGAUGCACAAAAGCGAUAGCUUACAGCUGAUGGUUUAGCCGUUUCUCAAUUUUCCUUGACAAAAAGAACAUUGUUUCUCUGAUGUAUUUGUAGUGCCCUCAAGUUGUUCGAUUAUUCAAACACUUUUAAAUGUUUCUGAUGUCGAAGCAAUGCAUGACGGGUAUGGUGUGGUGUUAACUUAAUGCAGGAUCUGAUGCAAUGUAUUGUUGUUGUAACAGACCUGUACUUUAGCCUUCAAGGCUAAAUGCAAUACUUUUUUAUACUAUUUAUUACUUAUCCAGCGUUUCUGUAGCUGGUAAGAAAUGCAAGGAUGCGUUGUUGUUCUUGAAAUAAAAAAAAAAUGUUUCUCAAA